AUGAUCCAACAAAAUGAAAUAUCAAAACUUCUAAAAGCAACACUAACUUCCACAACCAAUUUCAAAGGAGUAUCAAUAUCACUAUUAUCAAAAUUAGGUAAUCAACUAAUAACAAUAACAACUACAACAGAAGAUCAAUUAAAAAUAUAUUCACUCAUAGCUUACAAUUCUGUAGCAUCUACAAAUCUAGAAUGGAAUAUUAUUGAAUUUAAUGAAUUAAAAUGUAUUAUACAAAAAAUUUCAAAUAAUGAUAAUUCUAUAGAUUCUAAUGAUGAAGAAGAAUUGACUUAUUAUGUUACUUUGUUUUAUUUAAAUUCUUCAAAUGAUAAUGGUGAUGAUGGUGAUGCUAUUGCUAAAUUAAAAGUUGAUAAUUUAUCUAAAACUUUAAAAGAUGGAUUAAAAGGAUAUGUCAAUUAA